AACGGCCAUAUCUACGCUACUGUGCGCCUGCGGGUUCGCUGCAUUGGGCCAGCCUGCGUUCACCCACCUUUACCAUGGAAAGGAUGCCCUAUGAGAUCAUCCACGAGUUCGUCUCGUAUCUAGACUCACGAAGCCUUCUCAAUUUGGCACUGACUUCCAGUCACUUCAACCAUGCCUGCUUGUCCGAGGCGUCGCGUCACCUCUGCGUACUCAACACCCUUUCGGCACUGUCGGGCCUGACACACCACAUCAAACAAACAACUCCGCUCACACGAGCUCUCACGGUGUAUCACGGCGAGUGGCCGGAGUGCGACUACAAAGAGUGGCAGCUUCACCCGCUCCAGGUGUACGAGGCGCACCCUUUUGUGUCGCAGUCUCCGUCGAAGAAGGAAAAUGCUUUGCAGGCCUUCCGACACUAUCGUCACUUCGUAGCGGUCGAGGGGUCUAGAAGUCGCCAUGGAGACAUCCGUCGACUGAACCAGAUUUUGAGUUCUCUGCCACAGCUCGAGCAGAUCACAAUCUCCCAUGCCUGUUCCCAUGCGCGGAAACCGAAGAAAAACGCCCAACUCACCCGACUGUGCCAACAGAUCUGGCUAUUUCCGGGCCGGAGAGGCUCAGUCGAUCGUCUAGUCGGUGACUUUUUGAUAAUACUUCCUAACUACGCCCGUAUCCAGGAUCUCAAGAUUGAAGGCGAACUGAGGCUUGAGUCUAUCGGCCCUCUCCGCUGCGAUCCGCCUACUCUCAUUCCUCUCGAUCGCGUGCCCUGCCCUAAGCUUCGCUCCGUAUCUCUUGCUAACAUGUAUGUAGGAGUCCUCGCGUUGAUACUCGGUAGUCCGGCUGGGUUUUAG